AUGCAGGACAGGCUGGUUUCUCUGGUACGCGAGGUGGAGCGCGUGGUGACGGCUCCUUAUGUGCCUUCUCUUCAGGAUCUCUAUGGCAUUGUCUGCCAAGUUUCUUUUCCAGCGAUCGACUCUUGGUCGUUUUGCAAACCAUGCCAGGUUGCGGCUUUAGUCGACGUCCUUGUUGACGGGCUAUCUUACUCGAACGUCGCGUUAGAACUGAUAGGCAUCUUUGCAUCGGCAGCAGCAUUUCGCGAUGCCUUGUUGGAACGGUAUCCAGCAAUCCUGGACCACUUCCUCCAAAAGGCCGUCGAAACUGAAGAAUCGAAGUAUCUUUCGACAUGUACGGCACUGCUGUCUUCACCUCUUUCCUCGGGUUUCACUGCACCGGCGCGUCUUGCAGGUUUUAUCACAAAACUAGUUCAUCGCAUGGCCAAGUGCCCAAAUGCGGAUACUAUUCGACCAAUCAACAAUCUGCUGACGGGACUACAAACUUCACCUAAGGCCCUAUAUGACAUCCCCGCUGAAACAAUGACCACGCUUCAAGGGGAGCUCCUCAAGACGCUGCGCAACAUGGAUGACCACAUGGGUAAUUUGCUCUGUCUAUCGACCUACGCAUGUAUCGCUUCAUCGCAAAAGCUUGACUACGAACACGAAUACGGACCUCAACCGCCAUCUUGGCUUCACAAUGUCAGGCAUUUCUUUGGGUCCAAGCGCGGUCUCAAAACCUUAGAUCUGGUUGUUUUGCGAGUGAUUCUUGCUUGCUCUGCUAACUGCAACAAUCUGGCUCCCAGCGAGGCAGCAGAGAGUGUAAGAUUAGCCAUUGCAGUCUGCGAUACUGUUGAGCCCGAGCAGAAGCAGGUGUGGAUUUCCGGAAAUGCGUCUAAGAUUGCGAAACUUUGUGAGAAGGUGACAAGGGAAGGAAUUAAUUAUGAGGUGCAGAUGAUGGGUGUAAUGUUCCUCAUAUCCCUUUUGCCGACAAAUACUCUACCUCCUCAGAUACUCGCGCUUGGUCUGCAAGGACUAUUGUCAAACGAUAGCCUCCAGGUUUUAGAAGCUAUACCACUUGGGCUUAUCCCACGCUUGGUGGAAGCUAAUGCUAUUAUUUCUGGGAAGUCCACGUUCCAUGAUUCGUUGAACUACGUACUUUCUGCCUUGAAGUCACCUGCUCUGGAAAUGAACACUAUACAAAUCGCGACCUUGAUCCUUUCCGGAUUGCAAAUUUCAGAACCUCGCUUGUCUUCUGCCGUGACGGAAGUCUCUCACGCUUUGGUAAGGGACUCCAUGAGGGAGUUGAUUGAGAGCUUCCCGCGAUCUCCUCGCCAGUCGCAAUGUAAUGAAUCGAAGAUAUGCUAUGCCGCUCUGUCUACAGCUGAAAAUGGAUUGCUUAUCGACCUGUUCGAUCUUUACUACUGCGCUUCUAUGUCACAAAAUGUGGAAGAUGACGGCGCGCUCCGGGUAGAAGCCGGCCUCAUCUCUAAAUUCAUCGCUCGGGUCAAGAAUACCAUGUGUGAAAGCAACUGCCUUCUCGCUACUGUGAAGCCUUCUGAUGCCUAUGACAAACUCUCUUAUCUCGAACCCCGCCAAGUGUCGCCCAAUCCGAGGCGUGACUGGAAAGCAGAGGUAUCAAAUACGCUCAGGUCUAGCGCUCGUAUGUCGCACGAUGGCCUGAUGAAAAAGGUUGAAGAGGUUUGCCGCGAUCUUGAGCAUCGGUGCUAUAAUUUGGAAGCACCGCUCAGAGUGAUCGAGGAAGAACGAAAUAACGCAUCUUCCGAAGCAGAGAAAUUGCGGCAACAAAACUUUGAGCUGGAAACUCGACUCCAACAGGCGUUCAGUACGAUAAAUGAUCUGCAACAGAAUAUGUCUUAUCUCGAGGGCCAUGCGGAAGCUGCGUCUACGAGGAUCGAGAAGUUAUCUACCAGUCUUGAAGCUGCACAGAAGGAGCUGGAGGACCAGCGAUGCGCCUAUGAGGAAUCAAGCCAAAGUGAAAAGGAAAAGGCACGGACGAAAGAACUUGACUUCAUGGCCACCUUGACGGAAAAGGAGGAUCUGCUCGAAGAGCUGCAAGCAGAGAACCAUGAACAACGUGCAGAAAAUGAGAAGUUACGGAAAACUUUGGAUCUGGUCUCUAAGGACAAUGGCUCUACUUUGGAAACUGUCGCCUCACUAAGAAAAGAGGUUUCCAGACUUGAAGAAUUCUCGGUAUCGAACCAGCAACUUGCGGCGCAAAAGGACGAGGAAAUCUUGGUUCUGGUGGCUAGUAAGGAGCAAAUGAGCUCGGAGAUCGGGAACCUACAGCAAAAGCUGGAGAACGAAAUAUCUGGAUCCAACAGGCUAAGGAAUACACUGCGCGACGCUGAAGACCAUUUCAAAAGUGAGACGGACACGCUUAGAAAGCAGCAUGAGAUGCAGCUUUCUGAGGCCAGUGCAGAGAAUGCCAAACAAAGAGAGGACAACAAGGCUUUGCAUGAGUCUAUGCAGACCGCCGCAUCCAAUGCCACAGCGGAACUGCAAACAAAGGACAAGCGGAUCCGUCACCUGGAGAGAAAGAUACAAUCACUGCUGGAUGAACGUGCCGCCAAGGCCCGCGAAUUCUCCGUAGCGCAGGAGCACAUUGGUCGCCUCAUGACGGUUAUGGGUUUCAAACCAGACUCAGAGACUAAAUUGUCUAGCAAACAACAGCGAUCUCGAUCCACUCUGGAGCCCACGCAGAUCACUCCGGUGCAACGAGCAAUCAACCCGGAUGACGAUGGAACUCAAUCCCAGGCCGACCACUUGUUUGGCGAUUCCUUUGGUUUUGAAAUUCCCAACCCCAACGGCCGUAACCCAAAGCGACCACGGGGGAAUUCAAUCCCGUUGGAUUUGGCUCCUGCGCCGCGUAACCGUAACCAUGACCCAACGCCAAAUGGCUUGCCUUCCCGAAGUCACACCAGUCUACCACAACGUGAACGCAGACCUCUGCACGACGUUGACGAAAAUUCUCAAGCGGCAUCCCAACGGACUCCUAGACCGUCGCAGGCCCAGAGUCAAUUUCCGGAGAGCCAAGUUGAUAUAAAUAGGAACAAGCUUCAAGAGCUCGACCUGGAUAUGGACGUGGAAUUUACCAAGGAUUUCCUCUUCACGAGCACUUCUCUAUCAGAUGCAAACGACCCAGCAUCACCAUGA